AUGUUCCACAUGAACAUCAAGGACCUGGCAGGCGCGUGGAUCCACGACAUCAGCACGAGCACGCCCUACAACAGCCCCAACACCGACAGCCUGCACCUCACUCGGACAACUGACGUGCUCGUGGAAGACUACUCGUCGCACGGAGGUGAGUUGGUGUCGCACGGAGGCGAUGACAAUGUGUCGAUUGUGGGGGGAUGCAGGAACAUCACCAUUCGCAAUGUGGUCGCCACAGCAGGCCAUGGCAUCAGCAUCGGCAGUCUGGGAAUGGACGGCACUCUGGCGUGUGUGUCGGACAUCCGGGUGCAGAACGUGCAGCUAGCAGCGCUCUCCAACGGGCUGCGCAUCAAAACCUACCAGGGCGGCCAGGGCGCCGUCUGGAACAUCCUCUACGAAAACGUCACCAUGCAGGACGUGAAAUACCCCAUCAUUAUUGACCAGUACUACUGCGAUACCGCAACCGCGUGCCUCAUCCAGCAGAGCGCAGUGGCCAUCUUCAACAUCACAUACCGCAACGUGCAGGGCACCACCAACGGUACCCGCGGAAUCACCUUGAACUGCAGCGCCUCCGUGCCGUGCCAGCAGAUUCGCCUCGACAACAUCAACAUAGAUUCAUCGUAUCCGGACGAUCACUCGAAAGCAGUCCUACAGCCCACACCAGGCAACUAA